AUGUCCAUCGAAAACCUCAAAACCUUCGACCCCUUCGCCGAAGCCGACGAAGACACUGGCGAAACCAAAAAGUCUCAGAACUACAUCCACAUACGUAUUCAGCAACGCAGUGGUCGUAAGUCUCUGACCACUGUUCAGGGUCUUCCCAAGAGGUUCGACCAGAAGAAGAUUCUGAAGGCCAUCAAGAAGAAAUUUGCUUGCAAUGGCACCAUCAUCGAUGACACUGAGAUGGGCGAGGUGAUCCAGUUGCAGGGUGACCAGAGAAAGGAUGUCCAGGAGUUCUUGACCAGCGAGGAAGGCCUUGGUCUCGAUGGCCAGACCAUCAAAGUCCACGGUUUCUAA